AUGGACCCUGCGGUGCCCAAGGCCACCCUGAAGGUGCUGGGACUGUGCGUGAUGCUGCUGGUGCUGGUGGCGGCGGUGACGGUCUCGGUGGCGGUGAUGGUGUGGCGCUCAGAGGCGGUGGGGAAGCUACGGGGCUGCCGGGAACGGGCGGCCAACGAGAGCCGGGAACUGGGGAACCGCGUGGCCGAGCUGGAGCGGGAGCGAAGCCGGCUGCAGCGGGCGGCGGCGGCGGCCGCGCGGGAGGAGGAUGCUCUGCGGCGGGAGCUCGCCCAGGCCCGCGGUGACGGCAAGAAGCUCAAUGUUAGCCUGGCGUCCUGCCGGGAGCGGGCGGCCAGGCUGGAGGCCAACGUGACGGCGCUGGGGAACGAGGUGCUGGCCCUGCGGCGUGAGCGGGCUGAACUGGCCCACGGCAAAGCGGCUCUGCAAGAGGAGUUGGCGCAGGGCAAGGAGAAGGCGCUGGGGCUGCGGCAGCGGCUGGAGGCGGCGGUGGAGCAGCAGCGAGCGCUGCGGGCGCGCGGGGAGCAAUGCGAGGCCCGGCAGAGAGAGCUCGAAGCCACCCUACGGGACUACGCGGCCGAGGUCGACGCGCUGCGGCGGCGGCGGGCGAGGGACCGAGCGACCGGGCGCAGGUGCCCCCCGUCCCGGAAGGGCUGAAGCCCCACAAGCCCCCCGACCCCCUCCCUGCUGGGGGCUGGGGGCCGGGCACCCCCCCCCCCAACCCCAACGUCGAGCCCAUCAUUCCCAGUCCCACAGCGCCCCUUAGCACUGGGACCCAGCAGCGGCUCAGCCCUGACUGGAGCCAGCGUGUCCAGAUGAACGAUGCUGGUGGUCACCGUGUGCCUUCAUGCCACCCUGUGUCCCGAUGGCACCCUGUAUCCCGAUACCACCACGUGUCCCGAUCCUGUCGCCUAUCGUGAUGCUGCCGUGUGUCCCGAUGCCACCGCCGGAGCAGGACGGCAGGACCGGAGGGGUCGGUUGUCCGGCUUUUGGGCAGAGUUUUAGCUCAACCGAGGGAUGGUUUCCCCCACCAACUGCUUGGAGCUGCUCCUUCAUCAGCUCCAGGGUUCAAUGCCACGCUCCCAGCACGCUCCAGAAACUGGGAACACUGGGCAGAGGUGUUCGGGCAAUAAAGGCUGCUCUGCUCAC